GGCCCAGGGUCAUUGUUGGAGGCGGAAAUGUUGCUAUGGCUACUAAAACCUCGGUGACUGAACUAAACAGAAAGGAGAGCCUGCCCAGUCUUCUCAGACCAUGUCAAGCAAGUCUGUAGACAUGUCUAUGGAAAAGAUGACAAAAGUAGAAGAGAGUUUUCAAAGAGCCGUGAAACUUAAAAAGAUGGUUGACAGGUGGCAAAAUUCACAUACUUACUGUCUGUGGCAGAUGACAUUGAGCCAGAGGAGAAACCCAUAUGCCACCCUAAGGAUGCAGGACACCAUGGUACAGGAAUUGGUACUGGCCAACAAGCAACUACUAAUGGUUCGUCAAGCUGCCCUGCACCAGCUGUUUGAAAAGGAGCAUCAGCAGUACCAGCAAGAACUAAAUCAGAUGGGCAAAGCUUUUUAUGUAGAGAGACUCUGAUGGCAUCUGAAACACUGUUCUUCCAUUCUCAUCAUGCUUGCUAACCUAGCCUUCUUGAGCCUCUACCACCUUGAACUUCCUUCCAAAAACAAAUCUGGACCU